UCUCUCUCUACCUCCACACUUGUCACGCCAUCUCACCAUCUACUCCUUGGAUACUCCUCUCAAUGGAUAUCCGACGGAGACCUCCUAAACCACCGGUUAACAACCCUAACCGGUUCUCCAACGACAACGACGAUCAACCCCGGACCAAGGCCUCGGACGCGCUUCCUCUCCCUCUAUACCUCACCAACGCCGUCUUCUUCACUCUCUUCUUCUCCGUCGCCUACUACCUCCUCCGCCGCUGGCGCGACAAGAUCCGCCACAGCACCCCUCUCCACGUCAUCACCAUCACCGAGCUCGGCGCGCUACUCGCCCUCGUCGCCUCCUUCAUCUACCUCCUAGGCUUCUUCGGCAUCGACUUCGUCCAGUCGUUCAUCUCACGUGCCGAUACAAAUAACGAGUUCGAAGACCACCGCCUCGUCACGUGCCUUCCCAGGGGCGGACGUAGAGGUGUGGUGGUGUCACGUGCCGAUGCAAAUAACGAGUUUGAAGACCACCGCGUCGUCACGUGCCCGCCCAGGGGCGGACGUAGAGUCGUGGAUCCCACGCUUCCAGAAGAAGACGAGGAGAUAGUAAAAUCUGUGAUCCGCGGAGUGAUCCCUUCCUACUCCCUCGAGUCCAGCCUCGGAGACUGCAAGAGAGCGGCGGCGAUACGGCGGGAAGCGCUGCAGAGGAUCACGGGGAGGUCGAUGGAAGGGUUACCGUUGGAAGGGUUUGAUUACGAGUCCAUAUUAGGGCAAUGCUGCGAGAUGCCUGUAGGGUACGUGCAGAUACCCGUGGGGAUCGCUGGGCCUUUGUUGCUGGAUGGGUGUGAGUACUCUGUGCCGAUGGCGACGACGGAAGGGUGUUUGGUUGCGAGUACUAAUAGAGGGUGCAAGGCUAUGUAUGUCUCUGGUGGGGGGACGAGUACGGUGGUUAAGGAUGGUAUGACGAGAGCGCCUGUGGUGAGGUUUGCGUCGGCGAGACGAGCUUCGGAGCUUAAGUUUUACUUGGAGGAUCUUGAGAACUUUGACACGUUGGCUGUUGUCUUUAACAGGUCAAGUAGAUUCGCGAGGCUUCAGAGUGUUAAGUGCACACUCGCAGGGAAGAAUGCUUAUGUGAGGUUUAGUUGUAGCACUGGUGAUGCUAUGGGGAUGAAUAUGGUAUCCAAAGGUGUUCAGAAUGUUCUUGAGUUUCUCACUGAUGAUUUUCCUGACAUGGAUGUCAUCGGAAUCUCCGGUAACUUCUGUUCGGACAAGAAGCCUGCAGCUGUGAACUGGAUCGAGGGACGUGGCAAAUCAGUGGUAUGCGAGGCUGUGAUCAGAGGAGAGAUCGUGAACAAGGUGUUGAAAACGAGCGUGGCUGCCUUGGUGGAGCUCAAUAUGCUCAAGAACCUGACGGGCUCUGCUGUUGCAGGCUCUCUAGGUGGAUUCAACGCACACGCCAGCAACAUAGUCUCAGCUGUAUUCAUAGCUACUGGCCAAGAUCCAGCUCAAAACGUGGAGAGCUCUCAAUGCAUCACAAUGAUGGAAGCCGUUAAUGACGGCAAAGAUAUUCAUGUCUCUGUCACUAUGCCAUCUAUUGAGGUGGGGACAGUGGGAGGAGGAACACAGCUUGCGUCUCAAUCAGCGUGUUUAAACCUGCUGGGAGUUAAAGGAGCGAGCACGGAGUCUCCGGGGAUGAACUCAAGGACGCUAGCGACGAUAGUGGCGGGAGCAGUUUUGGCUGGAGAGUUAUCUUUAAUGUCAGCAAUAGCAGCUGGACAACUUGUGAAGAGUCACAUGAAAUACAAUAGAUCCAGCAGAGACAUAUCUGGAGCAAUGACAGCGACAACAACAUGAUCAUUGUCAUCAUCUGUGUGGCCAAAACUUGAAGAAGGACAAAAUUCUAAAAAAGAGGCUCAUAACUCUCUGGUGGACAUCUUUGAGCCAUGUGCCUUGCCUUGCCUUCUUUUGUUCAAUAAAAGUUUUUUUUUCUUUUUUUUUGGGAUUAAGGGUGAGAAAGAGAGAGGGAUAAUAUCUUUCUUCUUUUCUCUAACUCAUGGAUAAUUCAUGUUCUUCUUUGAUAUAUAUGUCUUAGCUUUGUCGCGUGUUUGUUAGGAAAUGGUGUUUAUAUGAUAAAAAAUGUAUGCAGUUACGUUUUGGGGGCAUGCACACUCAGGAUUUUUCUCUUUUUGUUU